UGUGCUUUUGGGAAUUUCGUACUUUUGUACCUAAAUUAGGUUCGAUAGGCUUUGGUAUUGUUCUUCUGAAGUUAUUUUCGUUUUUCAGCGGAAAGACGCGCUGCUAGGCUCGGUUGAAUUCGACCUUUCUGCAGAGAAUAUUCCAAACGACACUAGGCCUCCUUCUGUGUAUCCGAAUAUUGGUAGUCUUUGGAUUGGAAUGCACUAUCUGCCGUCAGAUCAAUCACCAAGUGAAUCUACCAGUGACUUACAAGUUAAUAAUUCCAUGCCUGAAGGCUGGGAAGAACGCGAAGAUGGUAAUGGUCGCACGUUCUAUGUAAAUCAUCUAGACCGCACUACACACUGGAGUAGACCGAGAGUGGAAUCUGAGAAUGGAGUAGAAAGACAGCGCAAUGAAGAAGAGGUUAGACGACGAAGAGAUGACUAUGAACGACGUCGACAAGUCACGAAUUCGAGUCCAGACGCAAUAGAUAACGCAAUGCGCUCGAAUUUCGUUGGUGGCACGCAAGCGAACGGUGAAGCCGAAGAUGAACCGUUGCCAGAAGGAUGGGAUAUGCAAAUUGCUCCCAAUGGUAGAACAUUCUUCAUCGAUCAUCGUACGAAGACUACCACAUGGUUGGAUCCAAGGACAGGAAUUGCUGCCAGUCGCCCGCAACCCGGAAGGACUGACGAUGAGAUUGGUGCACUACCAGAAGGAUGGGAGCAAAGGGUACGAAUAGUAAUCCUUCAUGCACUAUCUUUGAGUUCUUCAUGA